GCCAGACGCUCCCCGCAGCCGCAGCCGGCGCGCCUCCGCUCCGCUCCGCUCGCCGGGAAAGGGUCGAAGGUGUCCUGAGGUGAACUUGGUUUGUGAACCAUCACAGCCUUCUCUGACCCUCCCACCACUUCCUGGAGGCAUCAGUAUGAAAGCACUGGUGUUUGCCAUUCUGGCUGAAGUUUGUGUGGCCUCCUUGGUACCAGAACAGGAGAAGAACCCCCAGUUCUGGAGACGGCAGGCCCAGGAGACGCUACAGAGGGCCCUCAGGCUGCAGCAGCUCAACACCAAUGUGGCCAAGAACGUCAUCCUCUUCCUUGGCGAUGGCAUGGGGGUCUCCACGGUGACUGCUGCGCGCAUCCUGAAAGGGCAGCUGCAGCACAGGAAAGGGGAAGAGACUGUGCUGGACAUGGACCGCUUCCCCUUCGUGGCCUUGUCCAAGACAUACAACACCAAUGCGCAAGUUCCCGAUAGUGCCGGCACUGCCACAGCUUACUUGUGUGGUGUGAAGGCCAAUGAAGGGACCGUGGGGGUCAGCGCAGCUGUGACAAGAUCCCAGUGCAACACCACAGCCGGCAACGAAGUGACCUCCAUCCUCAAGUGGGCCAAGGAAGCAGGCAAAUCCGUGGGCAUCGUCACCACCACACGCGUCAACCACGCCACACCGAGUGCCGCCUAUGCACAUUCUGCUGACCGGGACUGGUAUUCGGACAACGACAUGCCCCCAGAGGCCAUUCAGCAGGGCUGCAAAGACAUUGCCCACCAGCUGUUCGAAAACAUCCCAGACAUUGAGGUGAUUAUGGGCGGAGGGCGGAAGUACAUGUUUCCCAAGAACACCAGUGACGUGGAGUAUCCGAACGAGGACAAGUAUCGGGGGACCCGGCUGGACAACCGAAACCUCACUGACGUCUGGAAGGGGAAGAAGCCUAAAGAUAAGAAGGCCCAUUAUGUGUGGAACCGGGUGGAUCUGCUGAGCCUCGACCUGAACGAAGUCGACUAUUUAUUGGGCCUCUUUGAGCCAAUCGAUCUGAUGUAUGAACUGAACAGGAACAAUGAAACGGAUCCUUCCCUGACGGAAAUGGUGAAGGUGGCCCUGAAAAUCCUCCAGAGGAACCCCCGUGGCUUUUUCCUGCUAGUGGAAGGGGGCAGGAUUGACCACGGCCACCAUGAGGGGAAAGCCAAGCAGGCGUUGCACGAAGCAGUGGAGAUGGACCGAGCCAUCGGCCUGGCGGACGCUAUGACCUCGCCACAGGAAACCUUGACUGUCGUUACUGCUGACCAUUCUCACGUUUUCACUUUUGGCGGCUACACGCCCCGUGGGAAUUCAAUUUUUGGAUUGGCUCCAAUGCAGAGCGACAUAGACAAGAAGCCGUUCACCUCCAUCCUCUAUGGAAAUGGACCUGGGUACCGGAUAGUUGCUGGAGAGAGAGAAAAUGUGUCUGGGGUGGACUUUGCUCAUGCCAACUACCAGGCCCAGUCUGCGGUCCCCUUGCGACAGGAAACUCACGGCGGUGAAGAUGUGGCUGUCUUUGCCAAGGGCCCCAUGGCACACCUCCUGCAUGGCGUCCACGAACAAAACUACAUUCCGCACGUGAUGGCGUAUGCAGCCUGCAUCGGCGAAAACAAAGGCCACUGCAACGCGGGUGCCCCCCACAGCCUGCCGGCACCCCUCGCCAUGGCCUCUGCUCUCUCCUUCCUUUUGUUCAGCUUUGUCUCCUAAAGGAGGGUGAGCCCUCACACACGUCAGCUCCUCCUUGGUGGAGCCAGAUGCCCCAACGGUUACAAGCCAAGGCUUUCUCCCCACUCUGAGACUUCCUCCAUCAGCCUACUUUAGGGGAGUUUCAACUUUUAAUGAUGCUGAGCACCCCCACAGCACGCCGUGCUCAGUGCCCCAGUGCAACCCUUUACCCCAGACCGGAGCAGCCGGGAAUUUCUGUGCUAGAGCACAAAGUCUUAAGCCCCAUGAUGGUGGUCCCUGGGGCAGGAUGUUCCAGGAACUCUGCUGACACUAACAGCUGGAAAUACUGCAAUAUUUUUGCAUAUGAUUUCCUGCAUGAAGAUAAGAAAGACAACGGCUCCUUUCAAAGGAAGUGGGAGGCCUGGUCUGUCCUUUUCUCCCCUUUGCCGAAGUUUUCUACUCGGAGGACUGUCCCAUCUGUUGCCUUUACCCUGGUUCCAGGCAGGGAAAACCCAGGCAGUCUGAAAGAGAACAACUCACCUAUCAACUGCACCCUCUUUCCAACCCACUUUUCCUUGCUGAGCCCAUCGCUGCUGAUUUAUAUUGCAAAUUAGAAGCUUCCCAUUCAGGCAAUCAGCUCAAAACCAGCAUCUGAACUUUGGCCCAAAAUAGCAAAGCAAUUUGCAAAAUGCCUCUAAGUUUCGCCUUCUUGGGUUGGUGCUUUCAGUUGCAAUACCGAUAGGAGCUCACUUGUUUUAAUCAUGACCACAAGGAAAUCACAACAUGUAUGAUAAAACAAGCUGAAGGCUGCAUACAGACAUACAUGAAGCCAAGCCAAGCAUGGCUGCAUCCCGGAGGCAAAUUUACCACAUUCAUUCAUGACACGGCAUAUAAGAAUAACAUUCGAUUUAUAUACCGCCCUUCAGGACAACUUAACACCCACUCAGAGUGGUUUACAAAGCAUGUUGUUAUUAUCCCCACAACAAAACAGCCGGUGAGGUGGGCGGGGCUGAGAGAGCUCUGAGAGAGCUGUGACUGACCCAAGGUCACCCAGCUGGCUUCAAGCGGAGGAGUGGGGAACCAAACCUGGCUCUCCAGAUUAGAGUCCUGCCACUCUUAACCACUACACCAAACUGGGGUACAUUUCGCACUCGGUUUUUAGAGCACGUUUGUACCUGUUCC